GACUCUAUUUGUGCAAUUAGUUUUGUACUUAGCCUACAUUUAAUACUCCUAAUUAGCAUUCAAACAUCUGAUAUGGCAGAUGCUAAACUGCUUAGCAGGGUAUCCAAACACCCUUGAGUAUAGCGAGUAGAGAGUAGAAUUCCCGUCGUCAACAUGCCGAUAUUGGUCAAGACUCAAGCGAGUGCGCGCUCUGCCUUCUCUCCGCGUUCGUGCCGACCCCUCGCCGGAGCUAGCUACUAGCUGCCCACAUGGCCACAUCUUCCGUGCCGCCGUGCGCCAUGUACGCGCGCAUCAAGACUAUCAUUGCCGAGGCCCGGUUGGAGUCCGGCGGCGGCGGCGGCUACGACAACAGCAGCGGCGGCGGUAGCAGCCCAGCCUCGCCUGGCGCCUCCGAGAGCGACGGCUCCAGCAGUGCCGACGAGUUCUAUCCACCCGACCUCAUAACCAGUGAGUUCCCGCGCCACGCCUCCCCUCUCUCCUCUUCUGCUCGCGACGAGUUCGACUUCGACCGCGACUGUGUCCGCCAAUUCUUCGUGUCGUCGCCACGCGUCCUCGACGACGUCCACACCCACCAGCAGCGCACGCUCCUCCUCCUCCUCCCGGCCUUCGCCUCUCCCGCCGACGCCGCUUCGCAAGCCGACGCGCUGUCUCACUGGCUCUCCGGGCUCGACAUCGCCUGGGUUCUGGACAUGGGCGCGUCCGGCAGAGGCGGCGGCGCCCUCCCGCGCCGGGAACUCGGGAGUAGGGUCAGCGCGUGGGCGCAGGCGCUGGGCACCAUGGAGCGCCUGUUCCGCCGACUGCGGCACCGGGAGCUCGAGCCCGCGCAGGCGGCCGCUCUGGGGGAGCUCGCGGCCGCGAGCAGCGGCGCGAUGCUGGGACUGGCCGGCGCCGUGGCCGUCCUCGGGAGCUCCCCGUCGACGCUGCUCGCGGCGCUCGACCUGUACGCCCCGCUCUCGGAGACGUACCCCGUGCUCGCGGUGCUCUUCUCCUGGGGCCCCUUCCACCCCGUCCCGGCGGCCGCCGGGGCCGCGCUCGCGGGCCUGGUGGAGACGGCGCGGCGCGGCGGGCGCGACCUCGGGGCGUUCGUGCGCUCCCACUGCACGUGGCAGAUGCCGCAGGGCGGCGAGGUGCACCCGUGCGUGGGGUUCUGGAUGGGAUACCUCCGCUGCAUGCUGCGCCGCCGCGUCUCCCUCCACCUCGUCCUCGGCGGCGACGACGGCGAGUCGCCGGCGACGCCCCUGGCGCCGGGGGCUGAGGGAAUCCACAGGCUGGUCGCGGAGCUGGUCUCGUGCCUGGAAGCCGCGCUCGAGGAGAAGGCCGCGGCGCUCGCGUCCCCGGGGCUGCGCCAGGUGUUCAUGCUCAACAACACGCACGCCGUCGUGCGCCGCGCCGCGGGCUCCGACCUCCGGCACUUCCUGCCUUCCGACUGGCUCCGUGUCCGCGAGGAGCGCAUCGAGGGCCUCAUCAGGGGCUACAUGGACGCGUCCUGGGUGCCCGUUGUGUCGCGGCUGGACAGCGGCGGCGGCCGUACUAAGCAGCCCGCCCGGCGGCGGAGACCGUUGAUCGCUUUCUACACGGCGUUUGAGAACGCGUGCAGCGCGCAGAGGUGCUGGAACGUGCCCAACCCGGCGCUCCGGGGCGUCCUCCGGAACACCGUGUCGGAGUACGUCGUGCCGGCGUACCGCCGGUAUUUGGAUGAUCACCCGGAGGUUGAAGCAGCCCCCGGACACACCGCGGAGGAGCUGGAGGAGCAGUUGUCUGAUUUGUUUGAAGGUUAGAAGACAAUGGUAGGAGCUGAAAUCGUCUGGACAAAGGAAAGGAGUACAGUACAGCGAAACAGAGUGACCACCCUGUUUUUCAGAAAAAGAGACUGCCUUCAGUUUCUUUGGUCUGCCGAGAAAAGGCAGCAUUUCGACCGGCAAGGCGGCAGCCAACAAAAGCGGGAAUACUAUACAUCGCUCGGACGGCGUCAGCUCGUCCUCUCAUUCAUUUUGAAAUACUAAAUUUAUUUUUCUCAUAAGAUUUACAUCUGAUUUUUUUAUCCAUUUGAACCUUUUAUGUUGCCUAAAAUUAAGGCAACAAAAUAAUUUCAAACAUGAAUACAUUUAUUUUUUUUAAAUAUUCGAUAUUUUUUGUCAUGAAGUUUAAAAAUUUAUUCUCAUGAAGCUAGAUAUUUUUUCUAAUAUGGAACAAUUAUCUUGCAAAGUUAGAACAAUAUUUUCUUUUGCUAAACUUGGAAUAAUUUUCUCGUAAGACUAGAACAUUGUCCCACUCAUUAAAAAUUCCAGCUUUAUAAAACAAUGCUCUUCCAAAAAAAUGGUAUUCAACAUAUUUAAGUGUGUCCUUAUUUUAAAGAUCUUAUGGUAAGAAACAUAAUGAUGAAAUUGGAUUUAAUAUUUUAAUUAUUUUUAAACGGACGAUAUUAAUUCAAAUUAUGUUGGUUCCUCAGUUUGAAAUUAUGUUGCAUGCGUGAAUCUAGCUAGGUGGGUUACUUUUUCGUUCCGUGGAUCAUACUAGAUACCAUGAGAAGGUGAAUGAUGAACUAAUUAGCCAUGUCAUCGUACAAUGAAAAGAAAA